AUGGACCGGUCGUCAGUCUUUUAAAAACUCUUGCACCGUUUGCAAUUGUUUAUGUUUUGUAAGUAACAUGAUUGAUUGAGAGUAUUCCAGUGUUGAAAAGUACGCUUAAAAUUCCGAAAAAUUGUGUUGAAACAAAUCAAAGAGUGAAAAGUUCCCAAAAAUACUAAACUAAUGGUGACUCCUUCGACAAAGGGUUCGUAAGCGAAAAUAAAAAUAUUUACAUGAAGUGUUCCGUGAAUACUUCUUAAAUCAAAUAACGCGCCUUUCUUCGGAAUACGCCAUCUGCAGGCACUGCUGCUGUUUCUAAAUAUAGUUGUGGUCUAUGUGAGCCGUUUAAAUGUAUCCGUGGCGAUAGUAGCAAUGACGAAUGCGAAUACAACGAAUCCAGAUUUUCCGGAGUAUGAUUGGAAAGAGCUGCACAAAUCCUACAUACUGUCCAGCUUCUACUGGGGCUAUGUGCUCACACAGUUUCCCGGUGGUUAUUUGAGCCGUCGUUUUGGUGCCAAAAUAACCAUACUCGUCGCCACAUUCGCCUCCGCUGUCUGCAGCUUCAUAACGCCUGCGUGUGUGCGACUCGGCGGCUGGCCCGUCUUCUGUGCCAUACGUCUGUUACAGGGUCUCUUCCAAGGUGUUAUCUUCCCUGCCAUACAUGACCACCUCGCCAAGUGGUCGCCACUGCAUGAACGCAAUCUUUUGGGCGCGCUGAGCCUGUCUGGCACUGACUGCGGCACAGUUAUAGCGCUGGCGUCAAGCGGUCUGAUCGCUAGCAGUUCACUGGGCUGGCCGGGUAUUUCAUAUGUGUCUGCGUCACUGUGCUUUGCUUGGUGCGUAAUUUGGCUGGUGUUCGCCUCAGAUAACGCGCCUUCCUCAAAGUUUAUAUCGGCAGAGGAGUGCAAAUAUAUUGAGACAUCACUGGAGCGGCACGAUGACUUUCAUAAACAAAGAAUACCAGUACCCUGGCGCGCAAUCUUCACUUCAAUACCAUUUCUGGCAUUCCUCGUGGGGCGUUGUGCCGAAGCUUGGGGCUUCACCACACUACAAGCACAAAUACCGUCUUAUAUGAAUGGCGUACUGAAUAUGGAAAUCAAGAAGAACGGUCUAUUCUCGGCACUACCCUACCUAACAAUGUGGCUUUCAUUGUAUGUCUACUUGGCGAUAGCGAAUCUACUGACGAAAAGGAAUAUACUUUCACUGACAGCGAUGCGCAAGACGAUCAACACGAUCUCACUGUGGAUACCGGCGCUCUUACUCAUUGCUAUUGGUUUCUUGGACUCUUCGCAACCCAUACUGGCCAUUGUCUUAAUGACACUCAAUGUGGGCAUAAAUGGCGGCUCUACCAUCGGCUGCACACUGAACACGAUCGAUCUGGCGCCGAAUCACGCGGGCAUACUAAUGGGUUUGUCGAAUACUAUCGUGAAUAUUGUGCCCGUACUCUCGCCACUACUGGUCGGCGUCAUUGUGACAGAUAAGCACAAUCGCACACAAUGGCAAAUCAUCUUUGCCAUCUCCGCCGUCAUUUUCUUCCUGGGCAAUCUGGUCUACAUAAUUUGGGGCACCUCGGAAACUCAGUCGUGGAACUCCGUUGACUUCCAGCAAGAAAGGGACGCCGAAAAGACAGUGCGCAAGCAAGUCAACGAAGUGAAAGCAAUCGAACAUUCAGAAAAUGUACAAAAUGAGAAGAAAGAAGAGCUUGGCGCAAGUGAUAACUCUGUUGAGAGCACAAGACUUUAAAGUAUUUAUAGCUUAAUUAGUUUGUAGUGUUAGUAUUUUAUAUAGAUAUGCUAUAUGAUAAGUGUAUUUAAAGCGUCAUUCAUUUGUUUAUAUAUAUAUGAAAUCACACAUAUUUAAGAGUAUGUUAUGACAAAUGUUCAAAAAGUCCAAAUGAUUAUACAAUAAAGUU